CAAUUUGGGAAUUGUGGUCACUUUCCUAUCUAGGAAUCGGAUAGCAGAAAGUUGUCGCAGCCAUUUUCAUUGUUGAAGGAAGCAGUAAAAUAGCUAAAGAAGAGCCAUGAAUUUGGCUUCCAUAAUCCAUAACAACUCUACUCAAUUGCCUCCAAAGUUCCAUAAGAUUUCCCCAAUCUCUUCGCUAUCUACAUCCCCAAAAUGGGUUCACUUUCAAUUAGCUCAUCUUCGCUCAUGUGUAAAUUUGUGUAGAUUGGAUAAUUUGAACCUGAGAUGUCGUGGUUCUCGACCCACUUCAUUAAGCUGCAUGUUUGGUGCUUGUAUUUUUGGGUGUAAAUGUAGAGGAAGAAGAUAUAGUGCGGUGGUUUCCUGCUUGAGAAAAUCUGAACAAGGGGAAGAGUUGUCUAAUGCUGAAGAGAGAACUCAAGGGUCUGGAACUUAUGUGUCUUCUGUCAGGACAGUAGCCUUGUGUGUGUUUUCAGCAGUGGCAUUUGGUGUUGGCGUGGGGCUCACGGAUGGAGUUAGCAAGUCAUCUGAAUUUUUCGCUGGGUAUCUGCUGGAGCAGAGUUUGUCAGUGGAUAAUUUAUUUGUAUUCGUUCUGAUAUUCAAAUAUUUCAAAGUACCACUUAUGUAUCAGAACCGGGUGCUCUCGUAUGGAAUUGCUGGUGCCAUAAUCUUCAGGUUGUCUAUCAUACUGCUAGGAACAGCAACCCUGCAGAGAUUUGAGGCAGUUAACUUACUGUUGGCGGGGAUUCUUCUAUACUCGUCAUUCAAGUUGUUCACUGGAGAAGAAGAAGAUGCUGAUCUAUCUGACAAUUUCAUUGUGAAGACCUGCCAGAAAUUCAUUCCCAUCACAUCUGAAUAUGAUGGUGACAGGUUCAUAACUUUGCAGGAUGGUGUACGGAAAGCUACCCCUUUACUUCUGACAGUAGCGGUUAUUGAACUCAGUGAUAUUGCAUUCGCUGUUGAUUCUAUACCAGCAGUUUUUGGUGUCACAAGAGAUCCUUUCAUAGUUUUCACAUCCAAUCUCUUUGCAAUUUUAGGAUUGAGGUCAUUGUACACACUCAUUUCUGAAAGUAUGGGGGAGUUGGAAUAUCUACAGCCUUCCAUUGGUGUUGUCCUGGGAUUCAUUGGAUUCAAAAUGAUCCUAGACUUUUUCGGAUACCAUGUUUCCACAGAGGCGUCUCUUGGUGUUGUAGCGACAUGUCUAAGCACUGGAGUCUUGCUGAGUCUUGUAAAGAAAUCUGAUCAAUGAGUUGGGAUGCUAUCAAGAUCAUGUUCUUUAGGAGGAUAGAGGAGAUAUCUAUGAUGUUCCUUUUUUUUUCUUCUCAUCGUCGUUGUCUUGAACUUGCUCUGUCAAAUGUACUUUAUUCAAUUGAUAUGACAAUGACAAAAUUAACAAUCUUUUAGCAUGUUUCUUUUUGUAAUAAUUUGAUUUCUUAAUGCAACUCAGGUUGGGAUGAAUUAUUA